AUUGUUUUGUCGACGACACCAUGGUCAUAAAAACCAAGAUCACCUUCACGAUCGGGUUACUUGCUCCUACGAGGUGCCUCCGAGUUCCGAACUGCAAUCUAUUGAUCCUGUGCAUGUCCAACAAACACAGAACUCCACCGAGCUCACUGUACACUUAACGCUUUCACAAACGGAAUCUGGGUUGACCACAUACGAGACGGGGAGAGACUGCAAAAAAGAGAACAAGUAUGAUGACAUGAAUGAGACUAAUGGAAAAUCGAGGUCAGAAAGCGAAGGAAGUUCAGAAAUUCAGGAACGAGAACGAGAAAAAGCGAUGAGGAUUGGUGGUAAGAAAGGAAUAGAGCAGCCACCCACUUUUUGCGGUGAAAAAGAAGAAAACAAGGAUAACGUUUACGCUGUUGUUCAUAAAGAAAGAAAAAACAAGGUCAAUUCUGAAGCAAGUGUUCUCAAAACAUCUCCAAGCCGCCCUCAGGAAGGAGCAAGUGGGUUAGCCGUGAACAAGGCGUCAGGUGUCGAUUGUACUGGUCGUUCGUCACAUCAAACUGAUUUAGGGCCUGACAAUAUCGCAAAGGCUGCAGAGAGCGAGACCCCUCAAACUGGCGGGAACAAUGAAUACUUGUACGCAGCCGUUGACGUGACAACGAAGAAGAAAAAGCCACCACAGAUGCCCCCUCCCUACCGUGGACUUGUGUAUGCAGAUCUGGCCCAUACUCGAGAAAACAGUGCAAAGCUUGUUCAAGAGCAGUCCCAAACAGUAUACGCCCAAAUUGAUCACGUCAAGACAGCAAGUGUGAAGAUAUCCCAGCAGAAUCUGGAGGAAACAAAAGAAGGGGAGCAUAAGUGAGCUGUGCCCGUUUACAAUCCUAGAAAUGAUUUAGCGAUAAAAAAAAUAUAAAAACUCAGUCAAAAAUCUAAGAAAAUAAUUAGAAUUCGCAGAAACUUUCAUCGAAACAGUUGUCAGUAAUCAUUUGCUUUGUCAUUACUAACUUGAUAGAGGUAACUUCCAUAGAUUGUAGCAGGAUGAUUGUAUCAAUAUCAACUGUAGUGUACCAGAAUACUUACCAUGUCUCACUUUAAGUUACAUGAAAAACCGAAUAAAAUCAAUAAUACUUAUCGGCGAUAAGUUUGUGCGGCCGAUGGGUUAAAAAACAGGGCUUUGUGCAUGGGCGCACUGAAGGAAAACAU